AUGUCAAACAAAAGACCAGUAGAUCCUGAGACCACUACUCAACAACCUAUCUUGUUUGCUCCUGAAACUUAUCAAUAUACCAAGGGUCAUUUAAAUGAAACUGAGGUACAACCGGAUCCAUUCUUACAAUUCAACAAAUGGUUUCAAGAAGCUAAGAAUGAAUUACCUGAAAAUUCCGAUAUAAUUGUUGAAUCUACGAAUUUUUCAACUGCAAGAUUACCAAGUGGUAGAGUAUCUUCUAGAAUUGUUUUAUUAAAAGAAUUAGAUCAAUUUGGAUUUAUAAUUUAUUCAAAUUGGCAUACUUCAAAAAAGGCUGCUGAUUUUGAAAGUAAUAAAUAUGCUUCAUUAACAUUUUUUUGGCCUCAUAUUCAAAGACAAGUUAGAGUUGAAGGGAUUAUGGAACAUGUUACUCGAGAAACUAGUGAAAGAUAUUUCCAUACUCGUCCAAGAGGUUCUAAGAUUGGUGCAUGGUCAAGUCCACAAAGUUCGGUAAUUCAAUCUAGAGAUGAUUUAGAUCAAAUUAAUGCUAAAUAUCAAGAUGAAUUUAAAGAAUUACCUGAUGAAAAAAUCCCUUGUCCUGAACAUUGGGGAGGUGUUAGAAUUGAACCUUUAGAAGUUGAAUUUUGGCAAGGUGGUAUGAGUAGAUUACAUGAUCGUAUAACUUACAGAAGAGAGAAGAUAGAAGACCCAGAAUGGCAAAUAUUUAGACUUGCACCUUAG